UAUGAGCGGAUACGCAAAUUCAUGCCAGAAAUGCCAAUAGAAUUUAAGGAGAGAAAGGAUAAUGCACUGGACCGAGCGGAUGCAGCUGAGGAAAAAGUACGGCAAAUGACGGAUAAGUUGGAAAGAAUUGAGGAAGAAUUACGCGAUACACAAAAGAAGAUGAUGCAAACUGAGAAUGAUCUUGAUAAGGCCCAAGAAGAUCUGGCUGUAGCCAAUACUAAUCUGGAGGAAAAGGAAAAGAAAGUACAAGAGGUAAAAUUUACCCCAAUAUUUCUGCAAGAUAGGAGGAUGGCGGCUAAUACCACACGCAUUUUGUAA